AUGAUGCCUUUUAAAAGACGAGAUAAUAACAAUGAAGAUAAUAAGGAUGAAACAGAAAAAUGUAAUAACAAAAAUAAUGGAUAUAUAAAUGACGAAUCAGAGAUGAACAUAAAUAAUGAGGAAAAAGAAAUAUAUUUAAAAAAAAAUGAAAAAAAAACAUCCUAUAAUAAUAAAAGUUGUAGUGAAAAUAGUAAUAUAUAUAAUUCUGAUCAAAAUAAUUUAUUGACAAAAGUUGAAAAAUAUAAAAAUCGAAAUUCUUCUGAUCGAUAUGAAAGAAAAUAUCAUAGUAACUCUAGUACAGAUAAUGAAUCAUCUUUAAUACAAAAUAAGUUAAGAAAUAGAGAUGACUCAAAUAAUUCUAGUUUAAAUAGUUAUAAAUAUAGAAAAAGAAAAAAUUCAGGAUAUAGUAAUGAACAUAAUUAUAAUGAUUGGAAAAUGCGAAAAAAUGAAAACAAUACAAAAUACAAUGAAUAUAAAUAUGUUAAGGAUAGUGAAAUGUGUAAAAGAAGAGGAGAAUAUAAAUUUAAAAAUAAAGAUAGUGAUGUAACAAUUAUGAGAAAAUUGAGUAAUGAUAGUAUAGAUAAUAAAUUUGUUCAUAUACCAAAAAAUAAAUAUAAUAAACCAAAUAAUUAUAAUAAACAAUUUUUUGAAAAAAAAGAAUACGAUUAUUAUUAUCAAUACCCAAAUAAAACUUAUAAAAAUAAUUAUUAUCAAAGAGAAAGAAAUGAUUCAAAAUAUUUUUAUGAUUAUAAAAAAAAUAAUAAUAAAAAUAAUAAUUCUUAUUAUUAUAACACAGAAAAAACAAAAGAAAAAUAUUUUUAUCGUUCUUUAUCUCAUCAUGAAUCAUAUAAUGAUGAAAAUAAAUUUGAUUCAAAAAAAAGGAAAAGAGAUAAAAAUGAAAGUGAGGAUAGGAGUAAAAAAGAAUACCGAAAAAAUGAAAGUGAAGAUAGGAGUAAAAAAGAAUAUCGAAAAAAUGAAAGUGAAGAUAUGAGUAAAAAAGAAUAUCGAAAAAAUGAAAGUGAAGAUAGGAGUAAAAAAGAAUAUCGAAAAAAUGAAAGUGAAGAUAGGAGUAAAAAAGAAUAUCGAAAAAAUGAAAGUGAAGACAGGAGUAAAAAAGAAUAUCGAAAAAAUGAACGAUCAAACUCAUCUAAUUUUAGCCAAAAUGGUAAUGAAUUUUGUAAAGAGAAUGACGAAAAAAAAGAAAAGUACGAAACUCAAAGUGUAGAGAAUGACGAAAAGAAAAAAAAAUACGAAACUCAAAGUGUAGAGAAUGAUGAAAAGAAAAAAAAUAGUGACCAUUUUAAUGAUUCAGGAAAAGGGGAAACUACUAAUCAUAAUAACUAUAAGCAGGAUCAUAAUAAUAAUUAUUAUAUGGAUAAAGAAUAUCAUGAUGGAAGAAAAUUGAUAAAUAAAGAUUAUAGCAUAUAUGAUGAAGACAUACAUUUUGAAAAUGAUAAGAAAUAUAACAAUCAUACUAGUGAUAAAGGUAGUAGAAAAGGAAGUAAUGAUAGUUAUGUAGAAUAUGAUCAAGAUGAGUAUGAAUAUUUUAGUGAUAAUUCAGAUACUAUACAUGAAAAUAAAAAAAAUAUAGAAUAUGUUUAUAUCAAAAGUGAAGUAAAAAUUAAUUUAGAUAAUGAUGCAGAUUUAACAAAUUGGAUUGAUUUUGAUGAAAAUGAUAAAACUGAUGAAAGUGAUUGUAUUCAUAUCAAAUUUAGAAACUUCUCAUUGAGAAAUUAUGUUAAAACAUAUAAAAUAUUACAUCAUGAUGAAUACGAAGAUACUAAAUAUAUAAAUGAUAAAGAUAUCAACAAAGAAAAUAAAAAUGGAUAUAAUAAAAAAUAUAGUGAUAUACAUAUUUCCUAUGACUCAAAAAAAUAUAAUGAAAAAAAUAAUAAUAAUCAUAAUCAUAAUUAUAAUGAUUAUAAUGAUGACAAUGACAAUGAUAAUGAUGAAUAUACAAACUUAGGAUUCAGAGGUAUGGAAAAUAAAAAAAGGAAAAUUGAAGAAAGAUAUAGGAGAGAAAAUAGUCAUACUAAUGUAUCACAUAAUUAUAGAAACAUAGAAGUAAAUUAUAAAAAAGAUUCAUAUUAUAAUGAAAGUGCUAUGCAAUAUGAAAGAAAAAAAAAAAAUGAUGAGUAUGAUGAUAAAAAUUACUAUAAAUGGGAUAAUAAAUAUGAAUAUGAAUAUGGUAGGAAAAAUUAUGAUGAUAAUGAAAAAGGAAACAUACGUGGUAGUAGCAAUGAUGAAGCCAGAUAUUCUUCUAUAAGUAGAUAUUCGAAUAAAGAAGGAUACGAAAAUAAUAAAAUAGAUUACAGAGAAGGUUACGAAAAUAAGAGGGAUUGUUCUAAAUAUUAUAAUAACAAUAAUCGUUACACUAGUGAUAAUAAUUUUAUGCGAUGUGAUACUUCAAUAAACUCAGAAACCAAUACAAAGACAAAAAAAUAUAAUAGCAUAAAUAAUGAUGAAUCACAUUAUACUUAUUAUAAUAAACAUGAUAGUUAUGAUAAAAAUAACAAAUAUUAUUCACGAAAAUAUGAAAGAAAUCGUGAUUAUAGAUAUUCUCAAGAUCAAUAUAAACAUCCCUCAAAUGAUGAUAAUGACAUAGACGAAUGGAGAGAAAGAAAUUAUAAUACUAAAAAAAAUAAUCUAGCUAAAAAACAAAGUAGUGAUGAAAAUUAUUUUGAUUUAAAAAAUGUACAACAACAUUAUGAUUCUAAUCAUAGUGGCAUAAUAAAUAAAGAAAAAGAUGAACAUUCUGAUUUAAAAAGUGUACCAAAUCAUAUAAUUAACAUAAUAAAUGAUAUGAACAGUUCAUACGAAAUAAAAGGGAGUGUUGAUUUAUUAAAUUUAAAUGGAGUAAAAUCGUUUGAAAUACCUAAAGAUUUUAAUACAAUUAAUGAAAUUAAUAGUACUCACAAAUUCUUAGAAUUUUUAAGAAAAAAACGACAAGCCAAAAAAAAAUGGAAAAUGAUUGCAAAAAAUAUAUUGCAAGAAGAAUUCCAAAUUUUAUUUAAUUCAAUAAAUUACCAAGUUAACGAAGCGAAACUUAACUAUUUAAGUAGCUCUCUUGCGACUAUGUAG